AUGGCCACUAACGAGUUGAAGCUUUUGGGUUGUUGGUUCAGUCCAUUUACAUGUAGGGUGAAAUUUGCUCUUAACAUCAAAAGUUUAGAUUAUAACAAUAUUGAAGAAACUUUCCAUCCUAGAAGUGAUUUGGUUCUUCAGUCCAAUCCUAUAUACAAGAAAAUUCCAGUGUUGAGCCAUGGAGAUAAAAUAAUUUGUGAAUCUGCAAUCAUAGUUGAGUAUAUUGAUGAAGUUUGGAAAGAUAAUGGUGCUUCCUCUAUCCUUCCUUCAAAUGAUUUUGAUAGAGCCAUGGCUAGAUUUUGGGUUUCCUACAUGGAUGACAAGUUGUUCAAUUCCAUGCGAAAUGGUUUAAUUGCUCAAGAUGAAGAAUCGAAGAAGAAACAUUUUAAGCGAGUAGAAGAAGUGUUUGUGACGUUGGAAGAUGUGAUCAACAAGUGCAAAAAUGAAGGAAUGGAGUUUUUUGGAGGAGAUAAAAUUGGAUUUAUUGAUAUUUGUUUUGGGUGCUAUAUGAGUUGGGUUAGGGCAGCAGAGAAAAUAGAAGGAAUCAAGUUGCUUGAUGACACUAAGACUCCUGCUUUGGUGAAAUGGGCUGAAGCUUUUGAUGUUCAUCCUGCUGUCAAGGGAGUUGUACCAGAAAUGAAUAAGCUGGUGGAGUUUGUAAAGGGUUUGGUGAAAAGAUUGGUUGAUGCUACCCCUAAGUAA